AUGUCUUCAUUCUGGGAAGCUCAAGCAACAAAAAGGGCUUCUUUAAUCCUAGAGAAAAUCCCUCGUGAAUGGAGACUCUCAUCAGAUGAAAUUGCAUAUGCAAGAGUCCAGCAAAAUAUUACAUCGUCCUUCAUUUGCAGAAGUGGAGAUUGGACUGCUGUUCAAUGUAUCAUGGCUUCUUGCAAAAUUGCAUGCAUAGCCCACCAAAUUAACCCUUGCUUACUUAACACAAUGAUACCUGAAGCAGUGGAAAAGGCUAGAAAGUUGGAUGAAUCUUCUCAAAAUGAGGGGGGAUCCGUCAAAGGGCCUCUUCAUGGUCUUCCGAUCAGCGUCAAAGAUCAAUUCCAUGUAAAGGGAUCGGAUACCACCAUGGGCUAUGUUGGAUGGAUCGGUACUUUUGAAGGAGAUAGUGAUAGCAAUAGGGUGGGCUUAGUAAACAGUCAGAUAAUCUCUGAAUUAGAGGAACAGGGUGCGGUAGUCUUCUGUAAAACCAGCUUGCCACAAACCGUUCUCUAUGACGAAACUAUCAAUAAUAUCAUAGGCGAGACACUCAAUCCAGUCAAUCGACUUCUUUCAUGCGGUGGUUCUUCUGGGGGUGAAGCAGCGCUCAUCUCGAUGGGCGGAAGCUCAUUAGGUAUAGGCACGGAUAUUGCCGGUUCUAUUCGUGUACCAGCUGCAUUCUGCGGUAUUUACGGCAUCAAGCCUACUCAUAAUAGAUUCUCUUACCGAGAGGUUGCCAAUACUAAUCAUGGGCAAACACUAAUCCCCUCCUCAGUUGGUUUCCUUUCACGUUCCCUCGAAGGCCUAGAACUAGUGAUGAGUAGCCUUUUGUGCACAUUACCCUGGCUUCACGAUCCAGCCGUUGUUUCAAUACCCUGGCGUAAAGACAAUCAACCUGAAGCCGGGAAACGGCUCAGAUUUGGCAUUUUCUGGUGGGAUGGAAUGAUUCAUCCUCAUCCACCUGUUACCCGGGCAUUGAAAAUGGUUGUAAGUGCUUUGGAAAAUGCAGGACACGAGGUCAUAGAUUGGUGUCCGCCAUCUCAUAGUAUACCCGAGCGACUUCACCCGGCGAUAAUGAAUUCAGAUGGAUCCCAUCAUAUUCAGAAACAACUGGCGUUAUCCGGAGAACCAUUGAUUAAUGAGUUACAAAAAUUUUACACAUUAAAACCACCAAUGUCUCUUCUCGAAUAUCAAGAUCGAGCGCUACAACUCCGAGAUUACAGACAAGCUUACUCGGAUUAUUGGAAUAGUACAGCAGAUGCAGAUGGGAAUGUGGUGGAUGCACUCUUAAUGCCCGCAGCCCCCCAUGCAGCUGUCAUACCUGGAAAAUGGGAACAUCUCGCUUACACGGAAGUUCUCAAUCUCUUGGAUUAUACGGCGUUGGUUAUUCCAAUCACUCAUGCGGAUAAGGAUAUUGAUGAACAUCAUGUUUAUGUAGCGGUUAGUGAAAAGGAUUUGAGGAAUUGGACGGCGUAUGAUAAGGUGGUCUAUGAUGGUGCGCCGGUUGGGAUACAGAUCGUAGGCAGAGUAUGCGAGGAGGAAAAGAUUAUUGGGGUGGCGAAGAUUGUCGAGGAGGCUUUGCGGAGAUGAAGAGGAAUUUUGAGAUAGGCAAUGGUUAUUGCAAAUAUGUUAUUGUGGGUUCCAAUCGAUGAUAUUACUUAUCUGAUCUCAUGAGAAGAGAUUCUAUCAAGUUUGAAGGUAUUUGUAAUGGUUGAUGCUGCAGUCUGAACAUUAUUGUACCAGAUAUUCAGAAGUCUUGAAGAAGUUCAACUUAUUAUUCUUUCUAUAUGGAUAUUCAACUUUCUCUUGACGAACAUCAACAAGCAACGGCUUUCAAGUCACCAGAUCUUUUUGGAUAUCGAAGGAUUCUCGUCCUAUCUUCAUGAAUCAAAAAAGCGCAAACAUUCACACUCCCUCGGACAAUCAACUAUAAAUCC